GCAUCGCGUGCCACUCAAAGGCAUCGGAAAAUGCAUGUCAGUGUGCAAAACAUGGAACACCAUGAUCAAGAGCCACACCUUCAUUUCCUCACACCUUCAACACUCUCUCUCCAACAACCCUCUGUUCCUUAUUCGCGAUUUAACCCUCUCCAACCAGGAGCAGUACUCUCUCUGUUCUUCUUCCUUCCGCAUAAUCUCAAAUCCUCAAUACUCAUUCUCCCUUCCUAGCAAUAAAUUCCUCAGCUUCGUUGGCUCCUUAAACGGCGUCGUUUGCCUCUACGACAACAACAACUCCAACUACAUUGAUAAUAUCAUCCUCUGGAACCCUUUGAUACGUAAACACCUCCAACUCCCAACGCCAAUUUUCACUUCCGAAACAUUGGGUGAAUUCUACACGUUUGCUUUAGGGUUAGGGUUUGAUUCCAAGAGGAACGAUUUCAAGGUGGUGAGGGUUUGUUAUGAUUUGAAUGGCAGAGCUGUUCCUCCUAAGGUUGAGUUGUAUUCCCUCAACGAUGGUGCUUGGAGAGUCAUCGAUGCUUCGUAUCUCGAAUUAAGGGUGAUUCAUUGCACGAAACAGUUGAUUUUUCAUGGGAAUGUGCAUUGGCUUGCCUACAAGGUCACAGAGGGUGAUCCUUAUGGAUGUAACUGUAUAAUGAUGUUCAAUGUGGAGAAGGAGAUGUUCAAUGAGAUGAAGCUUCCAGAGGAGUUGGGUACUGUAUCGUCCAACAACUUGGCCAUUUCUGUGAUUGAUGGUUGGCUCUCGGUAAUAGAGUACUCUUCGUUUCGAUCGUAUGGAAAUACUAGAUGUGACAUAUGGAUGUGCAGAGAGGAGUCAUGGAGUAAGAUUUACUGUGUUGAUUUAGAGAGAGGGUUUACAGAGCUAUUAGGAUUAAGCACACUUGAUGAGGUUUUACUGGUCCCAUUCAUAUCCUCAUAUAGAAGAAUGAUGUCCCUGCGUUCCUUUGAUCUCAUUAGCCUAGAGAUGAAGGAUAUUGGGAUCCAAAUUACUGGGAAAGGUUUAUGUGCCAGUGAUUUCACGGAGAGCUUGGUUUUACUUGACAAAGAAAGCAAUGCUGCGGUUUCCUUGUGGGAGCAUGAUGAUGAAUGGGUCUCAAGAGACUGAAAGCGAAAAAGAAAAGAAAAUUGAUGAUGAAUGGGGGGAAGCACUGGAUUGAUAGAAACGAAGCAAUAGAUAUUAGGAAGUUUGAAUUAUCAGACCACUCUACUUAAAGGAUUAGUGAGGACCUGAUAGCCUGUUCUAAGUCAUAUAUUAACCAAUGUUAAGAUGCUUACCAAGUGAGUAGCAGAAAAACUGCAGAAACAAGUGCUCAUGUUUAUUGAUUAUAUAUGAUGUACUGCUUUUAUUUUGUCAGUUCUAUAUUUGUUACAUUUGAGUUGAGUUUGUGAACUAGACUUGAUGCCUGAUGCUCUCCGGCAAGUAUACCGAUC